ACUUUAUUGAAGAUCAUACAAAAGCUCCACAAUAAUUUUAACCCCAUAAUAAUUUUACCUGGAUUUAAGAGUAGGCAGAUUUAAUUUUUGCUCUUACAAUGAUUUCUGGUAUUCCUUUUUCAUCUCUUGUAGCUCUGAAUGAUUAUCACUGUCAAGAUGAUGACUUUUGAGGCUUUGAUUAGCACUUUUCCACUAUGCAUAGCCAUUGACAUGGUAUUUCAAAGUAUAUUGGAGACUAAUUAGCACUAGAGGACCAAUAAGUGGCAAAUGGCUGAUCAGGGUAAAUUAAGUAAGACUCAGACUUUAUAGCACUAGCACUAAUAUCUUCCUGGUAUUGAUUUGAUUAUUUACUCUUAGUUCUGGAACCUGUCGUUUAAGUCAGCUGGCAGUACUGUAUGCUUAAUUUAACCACUCUUUGUUUCUCUAUAUUGGAGGAAAAACAAGAAUGCACUUUAAAAAUCACUUACAGUUUAUAAGGUGACACAUUAAUCCUCAAAAUGACAGGAAAUCAAGAUGAUUUUGUCUGUGGGGUUUAAUUUAUUAAAAUUUAAUUUGCUCAUGUGCUUUGCUCCAAUAGCUCUGUGCUAGCAAACUAGCUAUAAUUAGAUUAGCAGCCUGCUAAAUGCUGGUGACAGCCUGCGCCUCAGAGAGCAUGUGCUGGAUUCUGCCUGAGCCUCCCCUCAUUGGUUGCUAGCAUCGCUGCUCACCAGUUUGAUAGGUUUCCACCGUACUCUUUAUGCAUUGGAGACAUAGAUACAGAGAUACUCUACUGUGUUCUGGCAACAGUGGAGGUGCUUAGCUGGCAACGUUAAAGAAAGAAGAAGGCACCGAAGAGAAGGCGUUCUUCUUUGUUGUAGAGCAUCGGCAGUCACCGACUGCCAGCUGCCAGAGGGGAUCAGUGAGGAAGUUUCAGUUCAUGAUACCUCUUGCUGCAGAGAGUACUUUCAGAAAGGAAGUCUUCCCUGUGACUUCUGCCUACCAUCCAUAAAAUACUCAUUCCUUUCAACUCUGCCUGCAGUUGAACACAAAGACCUAGAGGAGACUCCCACAUCCUCGGGGAGAAGAAAGGAGGAGGCGGAGCAGAUUCGAGGAACUUGUGGCUUGUGGCCUUUUUGUACGGGGGCUGCCUGAAAGGGGGAAAGUGACUUAAAGACAAGGCGGCGGUUAAUGGGCUGUGAGAUGAGGCGCUGCUCCUACUGCCGCUGCUGACACUGAGGUUCCAGGGUCCGUCUGCUGCCCUUUGUGCUCCGUGUACAUGUGUCUAUUCAGCGCAUCCGGAGGCGCCCAGAAGAAAAUCCAACACGGCCGCCGGGGAGAGACCACCCACCAUGCCCACGGAGACCCUACAGACAGGUAGCAUGGUGAAACCGGUCAGCCCCGCGGGCACCUUCACCUCCGCGGUGCCCCUGCGCAUCCUCAACAAAGGGCCCGACUACUUUCGCAGGCAGGCUGAGCCCAACCCCAAAAGACUCAGCGCUGUGGAGAGACUGGAAGCGGACAAGGCCAAGUAUGUCAAGAGCCAGGAGGUCAUCAACGCAAAGCAGGAGCCAGUGAAGCCUGCGGUGCUGGCCAAGCCCCCAGUGUGCCCGGGUGCCAAGCGCGCGCUGGGCAGCCCCACGCUCAAAGUGUUCGGGCCCAACGCCAAGACGGAGAGCGGCGUGCAGAGGGAGACCCUGAAGCUCGAGAUCCUGAAGAACAUCAUCAACAGCUCGGAAGGCUCCAGCUCGGCCUCGGGCCACAAGCACAGCUCGAGAAACUGGCCCCCUCACAGGCCAGACACCACAGACCUGCACCGGCACUCCUUCGCUGAGUCCCUGAAAGUCUACCCGACGCAGGGCCGCGGGAGCCCGCAGGAGAGUAGUUCCCACGUGGGCAGGAGGCUGCUGGAGCAGACGGCAGAGUCCUUCCUCCACGUCUCCCACAGCUCCUCGGACAUCCGCAAAGUGACCAGUGUGAAGCCCCUAAAAGCGAUCCCCUGCAGUAGCUCCGCCCCUCCGCUGCCUCCCAAACCCAAGGUGGCCGCCCUCGCCACCAUUAAGUCCCCCGAAGCUGACCCGGUGGAACCUGCUUGUGGAGUCAGCCGAAGGCCCUCCCUGCAGCGGUCGAAGUCGGACUUGAGUGACAGGUAUUUCCGAGUGGACGCAGACGUGGAGAGGUUCUUCAACUACUGCGGACUGGACCCAGAAGAGCUGGAAAACCUUGGCAUGGAAAACUUUGCAAGGGCUAAUUCCGACAUCAUAUCCCUCAACUUCCGCAGUGCAAGCAUGAUCAGCUCGGACUGUGAACAGUCUCAGGACAGUAACAGUGACCUUAGAAAUGAUGACAGUGCCAAUGACCGGGUGCCAUAUGGCAUUUCUGCCAUCGAAAGAAAUGCUAGGAUCAUCAAGUGGUUAUAUAGCAUCAAACAAGCUAGAGAGUCACAGAAGGUCUCCCACGUGUAAGAGCAAGUGCGUGAGAAGGAGGGAGGGGUGGGUCUCUGUCUGUGCAUCCGCAGUUGUGAAGGUUGUGAGGUCUCCUUGAAGUGUUGUGAGCUUCUCCACUCUCUUUGUGUUGCUUGUUGUGCAAUGUUUUCAAGUUGCAUGCCUGUCAACAUGGGGACUGACCUGGCAUCCACGUCAACCGUGGCUGCAGAGCCUGGCUGAACACACGGUCCUCUGCCAAACGUUUCCAGCCAGAAUCUGAUUAGGGCUUUGAUCUCAAGCUAAACUGUUUACACGAAAACGGUAUACAACUUCUUCAAUAUUUAUGUGGUUCUUGUGUUUUCUAUCCCAUGCUAUUGUGUCUUAAUUAAAAGUUUUAUCAACUGGCUUUUAAAUUGAGAGUAGAAUCUUUUUGAAAUAAAAAGCCAAUUUGCCUACAUGUGAGACCAAAACAAUGGGGAAAUAAACGGGAUCUGCUACCAAGCAGAGAGAGUGACUGACCUAAGAUAGAACCAGGCUGGGUUUUCUGAGGAAGAAAGUGGUAAGCCUGAUGUUAAUCACGUACAUGUUGCAAUUCUCUUGCCACUUGCUUAAAGUAAUGAUUGGGCAACGAUGCUACAUUCUGUCUCCUAUUCAGUGUGUAAAUAAAUAUCGGUGGUUCUGUGUCAUACUGACCCCAAGAAAAGACAGUCAGAUACAAUGAAGGUGAUUAGAUCUGGGAGGUUGAAUAUCCGGGGUAUUGUUGAUAUUUUUCUGAUUUGGGUUCAUUCAGAAAUUUCUACUAUUAAUCUUUUGACAGGAAUGACCACUCUAAACCUGUUACUUGAUGUCUUAAAAUUUUGGGAGGUUUGGGGGGGGGUUUUUUUGCUCAAUAACUAAUUCCACGCUGAUUCCCUACUUCCCUUCCAUUGUUGUUUUAUCUGGAAGAGGGAAGUGGGGUUUGUGCAGGUUUGCGCUAUCUGAAGACAUGAACACAAAUGGAAAUACCAGCCAUAUCAGUGUAUAGAGCCUCCUCUUCAACAGUGCACACCUUUGGUAGCUGAACCAUAACUGAGCAGUGUGAUUGUGUUGUCUUGCAUAUGUUAUUCUCUCAAGCUGUGGACCUUGGUUACAGCCCUAUGAAACUGUAGAAACACAAUGCUAUGUAGCUCCCCCCACUCCAUGGUGUCUAGUGCUGCAUAUCGACUUGUUCCCUUUUUUCCCCAAUAACCUGUCUUCCAGUUGGCUGUCAACCAGCUGACGGCUGUGGUGUGGUAGCAGAGAGGGACACGUGCAGCGGCCUACUUCACUGCUCUUGUAGUUAUGCUCUGAAGUUCGGGAGCACUACCACAGACUUCGUCAGCUCAUACGAAACUUUUUAUGGUGUAAAUGCUGUAAGACUUUGUACAUACUUCAGUUGUUAUAGAAUCUUGAAGAAAAAAAAGAAAAAGUUACGCUAAUAAAUAGCUCUGGUGCAGGCACUAA